AUGCACCACAACAACGAGAAGCCGCGCGAACAGCGCCGCCGUCGGAUAGCCUCGUCCCGCCGCUGGCAGGACGACCGACGCAUCCCAAGCUGUUGGGAAACCGCAUGUACCUCGGCGACAAAAGCGAUCACCCACGAGGUCCAGGUAGCAGCACGACGACCGGCGAUUGGCGACAGCACGUACGCCGCCGGUGACACCCAACAACGCCAGUUUCGGCCCCACCGUAGCCGAAAGACCGCCACGAGUUCCAGCAAGCGGCCUCGAGAAGGCCAAGUUCAGCCGACGACGAAGCGCACGUGGCAUCGUGCACCGUGCACCACAACUCCAGCACCAGGCCGUCCAGAUCGCAGAAUCGACAGGCCGAGAACGGCUGACUUCGCACCGCACGUGGCCUCCCACCGGCCAACCGCAGAAGCCGCCAUCUUCAAGAAGCCGCCAGCAUGCCCCCCGCAACACACACACACACGCCCGCAGUGA